GUAACUGCCGGCGACUCGGUGCAUGAGAAACCACUAAUUAUGGCCGUCUGGAGAUGAAAACCCGGUCUGACGACCACCCCGCGUGAUGUCUGACGACCCUCAAGCGUUUGCCGGUUGUCGCAGUCUCGCGUGGAGCUCAUGACAUGAUUCGCACCUUUAAAUAAGGCCCUGCCUCCAUGAGUCCAGUGGAAGUGAAUACGAUCGCCGGCGCCUCGACCUCCAAAACUUCUGCGCGAUUCAUGAUGCUUUCCGUCGGCGCUUUGGCUAUCGCACUUGCUUAUCAUAUCAGAGACGCAGCUGGGAAUGAUUCUAUUGCACUCGCAGUCCCAGCCCAAUCCGUGUUUGUUAGCCCUGCCUCGUUCGCGGUGCUGGGCAACAAUGGCACCUUCCGCGAGGACGCAUUCGCUGCCUUCAACCCGACAGGCACCACGCCGCCGUUCUUCCAAAUAUUUGACGCGGGGUUUCUGAAGAUCUUGGGCCCGAAUCCGAGUAUCACCGAGAUCGCUUCGAACGCCACGUUCGCGUUUGCACAUGAAGCUCCCAUCUACGAUGCGGCGCAGGACGCGAUGUUCUUCGCGAGCAACUCGGGUGGUGCGCUUGGCAUGAGCGACAUCAAUCACAACAAUCAAGUCGGGCGCUUGGACCUGCAGCAUCUCCCAGCCAGCUUGAACGGCACCGCCAUCAAUAUCCCCGUCACCAAACUCGAUCUCCCCGACACUGUGCAGAUGACGAACGGCGGGACGGGGCCGUACCAGGGGGACCUCCUCCUCGUCAACUCCGGCCGGGGACCUCUCCCGCCGUCCAUCGUGCGCGUAAAUCCGGCUGCGCCACACAACACGACUGUCCUCGUGGACAACUUCUUUGGCAGGCAAUUCAAUUCGCUGAAUGAUAUCAAAGUGCACCCCAGCGGCAAAAUAUUCUUCACCGACACGGUCUACGGCUGGCUGAACCACUUCCGGCCCCUGCCGCUGCUGCCCAGUCAGGUCUACGUCCUCGACCCGACGACCCGCCAAGUCCGUGUCGUGGCGACCGACUUUGACAAGUCCAACGGCAUUGCGUUCUCCGGGGACGGGAAAACAGCGUUCAUAACGGACACAGGCGCGGUCGGCGGCUUCUUGGGGACUAAUCAGACGCACCCAGCGACCAUUUACGCAUUCGACGUGGACUCCAAGUCAUUCGCGUUUACCAACCGCCGCAUAUUCGCCUACGUCGACACAGGCAUCCCGGAUGGCGUGCAGGUCGACACGGAUGGAAACGUCUACGCAGGCUGUGCUGAUGGCGUCCAUGUCUGGAACGCCGUCGGAACACUGUUGGGCAAGAUUUUCCUGGGCGUGAGUUCCGCCAACAUGGCUUUCGCAGGCAAAGGCCGCCUCGUCAUCAUGGCAGAGACCAAGGUCUUCCUCGCCGAGCUCGCAACGAGCCCCAGCUUGUUCACAUCCUAA